AUGGAUUAUUGCACUAUUUUCAAGUGGCUCUUUGCUGCAUACCUGCUUUCUUCAUAUAAGUCACUCCCUGGGGCAUAUUUUUUCAGGUUUUAUUAUUAUGUUACUGAAACCUUAUUCUUGCCCAUGUUAACAGGAUUAGAAACAGAAAAUAUUAAGAAGCUCGAGGAAAACGAAUACGGGUGCUUUUCAUACACCAAGCUGGAUACAUAUGCUUCUCCGUUCGAAUGUGAUUUUUACUUCCAUAAGAACAAUAGCACCUACUUCGCGGAAUUAGAUAUUUCAAGAGGUGCCUUGAUGUCCAAAAUUUUCCAAAAACUUAUGCUAAAUUCUAAGCAUUAUCCAUACCUUCCAGUUGCUAACGUUUUCACUAACUUCUUGAAGGAGAUUAAACCUUUUCAAAAAUACUCGGUUUCAUCAAGAAUUAUUUGCUGGGAUGAAAAAUGGAUUUAUGUUAUGAGUAGGUUUACAAUCAAAAAUGGCACCGUCUUAUGCUCAUUAUCGUUGACCAAAUACGUUCUGAAGAACGGUAGAAAGACUAUCAAACCAAAGGAUGCGUUUGAAUACUGUGGUAUAUACAAUGAGAAGGUUGCCAAAAUUUCUCAGGACAAUCUAAAAAUUUUAACGGAACAAUGUGGUUUUCACGAAACAGCCCCAUUAGAGAACUUGAGUCAGGACUACUGCUCCGAAAUCUAG